AAUUAUUUAUUUAAUUAAUUAAUUGGUUAAUUAAUUAUUUUAAUUUCUAAUUAAUUAAUUAAUUAAAUUCCUAAUAAUUUUAUAUAACUCGGCGUUCAUCAAGAAACAGUUGAAAGCACUUUCUCCAUAAACCACCAUAAUUUUAUAAUUAUAAUUAAUCAUUUUAAUUAUAAUUAAAUAAUAAAAAUAAUUAUAGCAAUAAUAAUUCAUAAUAUAAAUUAUAUUGGAUAUCGCUCGGAGAUUAUUUUGACUUUUUUGUGAUACCUCUACAACGAUACAAAAAUGGCGAACGCUGCUUUCAACACGAUGAACGCGAUUAAGAAGAAGGUGCACACGAUGAAGACUUUGAAGGAUUCCGCCGGUGACGAAGUGGAGCUCCUGGAACAGAAACUGCUCGAGUACAAAGCCAUUGGAGAGAAGAACGAAGAGGAGUUGAUGAAUUUGAACAAGAGAAUCUUCCAGAUACAGAACGACCAGGGUAUCACCCAGCAGCAACUCUCUGAUGCUUUGGAAAAGUACAACACCAUCAACAAAAAUUUGUCACAAGCUGAAGCGGAGAUGUUGAACCUGAGCAAGCGUGUGAGAAGCAUCGAGGAAGAGUACGAAACGGUUGAGAACAAGUUGAUUCAGACGACGACAAAGUGGGAGCAGGCGAGCAAGGCCUUUGAAGAAAGUCAGAGAGGAAUCAAAGUGUUGGAGGCUCGCAUCUACACUGACGAGGAAAGGAUUGCUCAGAUUGAAACUGAACUGGAAGUCAUCAUUCUUUUCGGUGAGGAUGCCGACAGGAAAUAUGAAGAGACGGCCCGCAAACUUGCCAUUACAGAGGUGGAUCUGAGCAGAUCAGAAUCGAGAGUUCAAAUCGCUGAAGCUCGUGGCAUGGAGCUGGAGGAGGAAUAUAAAGUAGUCAGCAAUAACAUGAAAUCAUUGGAGAUCUUCCAAAUUGAGGCCCAAGCUCGUUUCGAGAACUAUGAGAUGAUUGUCACCAGUCUGACCCAUCAGUUACAAGAGACAGAGUCAAGAGCAGCCAGUGCCGAAAGAAUGGUGACUUUCUUGCAAAAGGAAAUAGACAAGAUAGAAGACGAGUUAGCAGCGGAGAAGGACAAGUUCCGUCUGGUUGCCAACGAACUCGAUUUCACAUUCACCGAGCUGACGGCCUUCUAAGUUCACUUUUCAUCAAGACAACAAAAUUAGCGGGAAAUUUUAAAAUUAUAUUGGCGGGAAGAUUUAAAAUUUUAAAAGUUACAUAGACGGGAAAAAUGUAAAAGAUUAAAAAUAUUGGAAGAUCAUCCGAUUGUGGAAAUGAUUUCUUUUAAGACUUUUUAAUUAAAUUUUCUCAGCAAAAAAUAUGUUUAAAGUUUGUUUUCUGUUGAAAGUUUAACACGUUUAAUACUCGAAAUCAAAUUGGAAAUGAGGUUAUGUCGCAAUAAGGUUGAUGAGAAAUAAUAGUAACAUUAAUGAUAAUGUGGUCAUAUCAAUUCUUAAUUAUAAUGAUGAAGGUCACGAUAAAGACAAACAAAGAUAGGAACAACUAAAUGAUAUCAAUGAUAGCAAAUGUUAAAGCAAGUUUAUUAUCAAUAAUGAUGAGUAUAAGAUAAUGAUAGUGGGUAGGAUACUGGAUAGAAAUUACAAUUAUGGCGAUAAUGUGAUGAUUGUGAUAACGAUGAUGAUAAUAAUUAUGAUUAUGAAGAUGAUUAUUGCGAUCAUGAUGAUGAUUGAUGAAGAGAUUUUUGUGGAAGAGAUACCCCCGCCUACUUCCACGACACUCCAACUUCACCGUCUUGAAUAAUUAUUCUCAUGAAUAUAAUAUAAUUAUUAAUUAUUAUCAUAAUUAUAUUUCAUAAUUUCUGUUUCAUCAUUGUUUAAUUGCUACAGUGAGUAUUGUUAAUGUUAUUUAAUUUUGGUUACAAUCAUGUCUAUUGUUUAUGACAUUGAUACCAUUAAUUUCAAUUAUUUUUCGAAAGUUUCAGUCGGCAGACAAUGGGUUUUGCAGAAAAAUAUACAUAUUUUCAAUACGAUUUGUGGAUUUUUAAAAUGGUAAAACUAAACAAAAACUCAAAAAAGCCUAAAUUAAUAGUUUUCAUUAACAUAAUUAACAUCGUUCAUCGUCUAUUUUACUAUCAUCCUACCAACCACACCAACAAACAUCAUAAAAUCAGUCAGUCAUACUAUCUAAAUACCUCUCUAACCUGUAAACAUUUUUGGCUCGUGCACCAGAUGGCAGACGUUGUAUUACAACAAAGCCCUCUCCGAGAUGUUUGGAGUGACAAU